CGCGUGGGAUUUUUCGCACUCAAAUUUUCUCGUUGCGCAGCAAAUAAAAUUGAAUACACCAAAAGCAAGAAACGAAUUGGACUUGAAAACCCGAACGCGUUGCAUUACUAAAUACAGCAAAGUUUGUGGGGCGUGCAAUGUUCAGGAUCCAUCUGAAAAUGGGUCCGCAACGCAACCAGCUCCACAGCAGCGCCGCCGCCGCCAGUAACAACAACAAUGGCGUCGCCGGGGGAAGCAGCGGCGGAGGAGGAAACCGUCACCUCAAGGAGUUUACCUGCUGCUUCGGACUCCAUGUCCACACGGCCACCCUGAUGAUCGGUUUGUGGCACUUGUUUCUAAAUAUUUUGGCUUUGAGCGUUCUUGCCGUUAUCUGGCGCAAUCCCGAGAUGAUGGACGAGCUGGAGGGUGGGGGCACUCAUGACUACACCGUUGAUCUGAGCGCCCCGGCCCUGCCCACGCCGCUGAGCAAGGUCGAUCCGCCGUAUGCCUACCGCGAUCAUUCCUUCAACUAUCGUAAGCGUUACCAGAACUUUGACAUGGGCGGCUUGGUGUGCACCUGCAUGAUAGCCAUUACGCUGAUGAUGAUCUACGGCACUAUCAAGGGGAAACCUUCGCAUCUGUUGCCCUUCUUCUGCCUGCAGUUGUUCGAUUUCGCCAUUACCACCUUGACAGCCGCUGGAUAUCUGUGCUACCUGCAGGCUAUCCACAGCAUCAUUGCCGAAUCGCAUCGUUUGCCGUGGCGCGAGAAGCUGCUGGAACUGCCGCCCGAGGAACUGGUCGUCGUGGUCCUGGUCGUCUUCAUUUGCAUUGUUUUCCUCAAGGCCUAUUGCAUUGGCAUCGUUUGGCGCUGCUACAAGUACUUGACUCUGCGCCAGCAGCACGUUCGCACCUUGUUCCCCUUCCUGGAGCCACCAACCGGUGUCCACAGCGUGGGCGGAGCUUUUGGUGCCGAGGAGCGUUCGUACUCCACCCUGUUGCCCAAUUACGAUGAAGCGAUUGCCCAAUACUUGAAGCAGGCUCCGCCGCCAUCCUAUCAGGUGGCCAUGUCUAACUAUCCCGAGGAUGAGGGCGCAGGAGGGGGCGAGGUCAAUCCAUCGGUGGCACCGCUGUUUGUUGCGCUUGGCGCGGCCACCACGGCCAAUGUCGCCUCCAACACGGAUGACAACCUGGACAACAACAAUGAUGUACCGAACAACAACAAUACCGUGCAUGUGAACGCCAAUACGCCACCGAUGCGACGAAGCGAUGCGGCCGUUAAUGCCAACAUCGAUGGGGAGGACGAUGAAGAUGAUGACUUGGAGGUGAUCGACGCUGGCGUUGAGGUGAUCGGUGGCAUUCCACCACCACCGCCCUACAACGAUGUGGCCGACGCCCAGGUGCAGGUACCAUCCCAGUCGCCGCUGCGCCGUGAACCCCACAUUCCGGGACAGGUAUUCGGUGGGCGCGAUGAGAGCCAGGCCUAAGUUUGUGAUUUGGAUCAGUUUGUUUCUCAUUGCGAGUGGGUUGUGACACACACGCAUUUCCUUCUUCCCUCUAUCCAAUCCCCUUCUUGCCCAGACGACCUGCUUUCAUUCCCGGCACACAUGCACCCGGUCUUUAUAGUCGCUUCGAUGCAAUUGAUCGGUGUUGGUGUUUUUAGAGAAACGUAACCGAAACAAGUUUUCGCUUUUAGCCGUCGCUCAUUAUUGUUGUUUAACGUACAAUUAAGAUGCUCUAGUUGCUGCUCAUUAAGUAAACAUACAUAAAACCAAAAAACACAAAAAAAAAACAUUUUUGCGAUGCUGGCAAGGAAAGCUUCAAUUCCUUUUCGGCCGCAUCUCAGCUGCAACAGUCUGUUAGAACCGUUUCUCAUUUAGCCCGUGUUAGCCUGAGCACAUCAGAGUUAGUCUAGAUCCAAGUAGUUGUUACCAGGGAGAGAGAGAGUGUCGCUUUCCGAACGAAUGUUCUAUGUUCUAAGCUAUAUCUCGUAAGACUCUAUGCAUAUUGAUUACCGAGUACUGAAUCCACAGCACAGGCAUGCAUACAUAAUCCAUUUAAUAUGAGAUAUAUAUAUCACUUGUAUUUUACUAUUUGUGUAUCGAUACCACAGCAAAUGAACAGUUUUAUGUAUGUACAAUAUCUAAAUGUAUAACUGUAUACUAAAUAUGCAGAGAUAUUCGAAUAAAUAUUAGUUUAUAUUACAACUA